UCAAUGAGUGUAAAAGAAAGAAGAUGAUUCUGACUCAAGUCUAAACUGACAGCAAAUCCUCGGGACACAAAUUGUUAAGCUCUCUUGCCUUGCCAUGCCAUGCCUUGCUCAAAUUCGUGCAGUGGCGGUGGCAGCAUGGAUCCAAUGGAACUUACAAUCAUCAACUUCAAGUGGAUGAUGAUGAUUCGCCAAGAUUUCCGCAGCCCGAAUCGAUCUCAUCAGAAAGUGCGACUGCGGCAGAUCAGAUCAGAUCAGAUGGAACCGCUCUUCUCUUGCUCGUCUGUCAAUGGCGGCCAAGAUAUUUGUACUAGUACUACUAGUAGGGUUAACUAUAAGCACGCUCUUACUCUUUAAUUUGGGCUUUAAUUAUUUGUUUUAUGUCAGAAAACAGAAUCUCAUUUAUUAAUUUUGUUUGCCCACGAAUUUCUCCCUUUUCCCUGAGAUGUAGCCCCGCCCUCGUCCUACAAUUCGGGGAUUGAAUUUCCCUUUCGCUCGAGCAGUUACGGUCAGUCUCUCUCUCUCUCUCUCUCGCGCGCGCGCGUACAAAUUAUGCAGAAAGAAAACACACAGCUCGUGGGUUCAUCCAGUUGUAUCAGUUGAUGCUCACUGUUACCCUUGGUUCAAUCUAAUUUCGGUCAUUCAUCUUGUAAGAUUUUUGGUUAUGGGACCGUCUCUUCCCUCCACCUCCCAUUAAUUAAUACCGCAGCAUUAAUUCCAUUCAAUGUAUACAUACACACACCUAGACAUACAAAUGUCCAAAUCCUUUGUCAAUUCAGCGCUGUGAAAUUCCCCACCCACAGUCAAGCAAAGCUACUCUCUCUCUCUCUCUCUCUCUUCCCCUUUUUUUGUCUCUUGAUUCUCCUUCUUUUGGCCUCUGGGUUCUCUUGUUCUCGUAGAGAUUGGCUUCAGAAUGGCGUCUCCAUGGAGUAGUUGCACUAAACCUAGAGAGGGUUUUUUUGGCAACCAAAUUGCUCCAACGUCCACUUCUUCCUCCUCAGCUAAUGAUCAGUAUUGUGGCUACGACGAGGUAAAGUUGAAGACCCUCUUCGGAAAGAUGAUUUGGGAACUCGGUUUGGCCUGUUUUCUUCCACCUCGCUGGCGGGGAAAAGAACAGAGCAACAACACUUCCGAGCACAACAAGGCGUGGUUACUUGCCGAGUCCGGCGGCGUCGAUGGAGACCCACACUCCUCUUUCAGGUAUAGUUUCUGCUCCCAAGUUGAGGUUGAAUCAAUGAAUGUGGCGAAUCCUUCUCCGGCAACUGUUUUAAUGGUGAAUUUGGACAACGGGUUGGUCGAUUCGAGAGAGUUGAAAUGUCGGAGAAUUGAAUCGUUGGAGAGGGCUCUCUCUCCUGUGGCCGGAACUUUGGUCAGGUUUAGCUAUGCCCAAAUCCUCUCUGCCACUCGCAAUUUUUCAAGAGGUAGAUUUCUGGGUAGAGGUGCAUUAAGUUGUGUUUAUAGAGGUAGAAUUGGAUGUUUGAAGACCGCCGUAGCGAUUAAGCGAUUAGUUAAGGAAGAUAAGGAGUGUUGGAAGUCAUUUUGUAGAGAACUGAUGAUUGCUAGUUCUCUCCACAGCCCGAAUAUUGUUCCUCUUGUGGGCUUUUGUAUUGAUCCCGAAGAGGGUUUGUUUUUGAUCUACAAAUAUGUAUCUGGAGGAAGCUUAGAGAAGCAUUUGCACGGGGAGAUGGGAGUAAAGGGUGUCCCGUCACUACCAUGGACUGUGAGGUAUAAGAUAGCUGUUGGAAUUGCGGAGGCAGUCGAUUAUCUGCACAGUGGAACCAACAGAUGUAUUAUUCACAGGGAUAUUAAACCAUCUAACAUCCUUCUAACUUCAAAGAAAUCGCCAAAGGUGUGCGACUUCGGAUUAGCUACAUGGACCCCUGCACCUUCAACCCCCUUCCUUUGUAAAACAGUGAAAGGAACUUUUGGUUACUUGGCCCCUGAAUAUUUCCAGCAUGGUAAAGUAUCGGAUAAAACCGAUGUUUUCGCUCUUGGCGUUGUCCUGUUGGAACUAAUAACUGGACGAAAGCCAAUAGAAGCAAAGAGUGGACCAGGGGAAGAAAACUUGGUUGCUUGGGCAAAACCACUCUUGCAGCAGCAUGCGAUUGAGAGGUUGCUUGACCCGCGGCUCAAAUUCAUCAGUCCCAGGAACCCGAAUCAGAUAACCUGGUUGGUUCAAGCUGCCGAUGCCUGCAUAAGCAGGGAAGAAUCCCGUAGACCGGGCAUCCGGGAGAUUGUUGCAAUGCUAAGAGGGGAAGAACCAAAUUGCUCUAACAACAAGAAGUCCAGUUCCCGGAAUGGUGGUUAUGUUGUAGAUUGCGAGUCUCAAUCACAACAGACGAGGAGCGUCAGCGAGAUGAAGAGCCAUUUAGCUCUGGCAAUGCUGGGAGUUUCAGAGUUUGGAGAAGACGAUCAUCUUUACAGCCGGUGAAUCGUCGGAAAAAGUAAAAAUUGUUUUUGUUGCAAUUGUAGAUAGAAAGGGAGUCGAGUCCGAUGAGCACAGAUUUAGAUUUCUUAGAGCUUUCAGUUUUCUAGUUUCUUUGCAAACGAGCCGAAUGUAAUGACCUGUACAGCAUCUGUUUGGUGCAGUUUUUAAUAAAUUUGCAAUAUUUUGCUCUGGAAA